AUGAUCUAUGUGGACAUACUGAAGUGUUCCACGACCACCAAGGUGAUGGCAGCAGCGCUCGGAGGCACACAGUGUCCCACCACACAGGUGUGUGUCCCUAAGUGUCCGUCUCACUUCUGGAUGCUGUCUGCUGCUGCCUAUGACCCCGACGCCAAUCCCAAAGACUUCUUCCAUCAGCAGUACUGUGACCACAGCCUCAACCUGACUACCACCACCUGGACUGUCCAAGAGAUCCUUGAUGCUGAACUUUGUCCGUCCUUCCUUGUUCCAAGUAAAUCAGCUCUGGGGAGGUGUUUGCCCAGUCUACAUGCUCUCAAAAGUGCUCCUUCCAACUUCACUCUGCCCGGAAUGGCCUCCGUCAACGAGACAGUCAACAGCAUCAGAAGUGCCAUGGGCUCACUGAUAUCAGGCUUCAACAGAAAGGCCGUAGGAGUGAGGGUCUUUGAGGACUUUGCCUCCUCCUGGUACUGGAUCUUACUUGGUCUGACGCUGGCUCUGCUAGUCAGUGUGGUGUUCCUGUUGCUGCUGAGGUACCUGGCCAUUGUCCUGGUCUGGAUUCUCAUGGUAGGACUUCUGGUGGUGGGAGGCUACGGAAUAUGGCACUGCUACUCAGAAUACUACCAUUUCAGCACUUCUAAACUGAAGUUCGGUGAUCUAAGCUUCAAUACAAAUAUCUCAGUCUACCUUCAAGUCAAAGAGACCUGGCUUGCUUUCUUGAUCAUCCUGUGCGUGUGGGAGUCCAUUUUGAUUCUGGUGCUUAGUUGUCUCAGGAGGAGACUCUCUGUUGCUGUUGCUCUCAUGGAGGAGUCCAGCAGGGUGGUGGGUUACCUGAUGUCCACCCUGCUCUACCCUCUGUUUACCUUUGUUCUGCUGGUGGUGUGUGUGGCCUACUGGGGAAUGACCUCCCUAUACUUGGUCACAUCAGGGGCCCCUCUCUACAGAGUGGUGUCUCUUAGCGACCCCUCUGUAGAUAAGUGUAGUCUCAUCAACGGCUCUGAGACCUGCAAGCCACAGACGUUCAACUCUUCGGCCUACCCAUACUGCCCGUCGGUGCGCUGCAUCUUCUUCAGGUACGAUGACACAGGCCUGUUCCAGCAGAACCUGGUUUACCUGCAGCUCUUCAACAUCUUUGCCUUCCUGUGGUGUGUGAACUUUGUCAUCGCCCUGGGCCAAUGUACCCUGGCUGGGACCUUCGCUUCAUACUACUGGGCCUUCAGCAAGCCUGCAGAAAUCUCACCCUUCGCCCUGUCCCAGUGCUUCAUACGCACUCUACAGUACCACGUGGGCUCUCUGGCAUUCGGAGCCCUCCUCCUCACCUGCUUCCAGCUAGUCAGGUUGGUGCUGGAGUACCUGAACCAUAAGACCAGGGGUUCUCAGAGUGCCUGUGGUCGGUUCCUGUUAAACUGUCUCAGAUGCUGCUUCUGGUGUCUGGAAUACUUCCUGAAGAUACUCAACAGGAACGCUUAUAUCAUGAUCGCCAUCUACGGGGAGAGCUUCUGUGUGUCAGCCAAAAAUGCAUACAGUCUGUUGAUGAGGCACAUCGGACGGGUGGUGCUACUGGACAGAGUGACAGACAUGCUCAUAUUCUUUGGCAAACUACUAGUGGUGGCAAUAGUUGGUGUGUUGGCUUUCUUCUUCUUCUCUGGACAAAUCCGCCUGCCUGGCGACACGUUCCAGGCCGAGAUGCUCAACUAUUACUGGGUUCCCAUCCUGGUACGUCCAUGCUCAACUAUUACUGGGUUCCCAUCCUGGUACGUCCAUGCUCAACUAUUACUGGGUUCCCAUCCUGGUACGUCCAUGCUCAACUAUUACUGGGUUCCCAUCCUGGUACGUCCAUGCUCAACUAUUACUGGGUUCCCAUCCUGGUACGUCCAUGCUCAACUAUUACUGGGUUCCCAUCCUGGUACGUCCAUGCUCAACUAUUACUGGGUUCCCAUCCUGGUACGUCCAUGCUCAACUAUUACUGGGUUCCCAUCCUGGUCAUGCUCACUAUUACUGGGUUCCCACGUCCAUGCUCAACUAUUACUGGGUUCCCAUCCUGGUACGUCCAUGCUCAACUAUUACUGGGUUCCCAUCCUGGUACGUCCAUGCUCAACUAUUACUGGGUUCCCAUCCUGGUACGUCCAUGCUCAACUAUUACUGGGUUCCCAUCCUGGUACGUCCAUGCUCAACUAUUACUGGGUUCCCAUCCUGGUACGUCCAUGCUCAACUAUUACUGGGUUCCCAUCCUGGUACGUCCAUGCUCAACUAUUACUGGGUUCCCAUCCUGGUACGUCCAUGCUCAACUAUUACUGGGUUCCCAUCCUGGUACGUCCAUGCUCAACUAUUACUGGGUUCCCAUCCUGGUACGUCCAUGCUCAACUAUUACUGGGUUCCCAUCCUGGUACGUCCAUGCUCAACUAUUACUGGCUUCCCAUCCUGGGUUCCCAUCCUGGUCCAUGCUCAACUAUUACUGGGUUCCCAUCCUGGUACGUCCAUGCUCAACUAUUACUGGGUUCCCAUCCUGGUAUCCUGGUCACUAUUACUGGGUUCCCAUCCUGGUACGUCCAUGCUCAACUAUUACUGGGUUCCCAUCCUGGUACGUCCAUGCUCAACUAUUACUGGGUUCCCAUCCUGACAGUGAUGGCCGGAGCCUACCUCAUCGCUCAGGGCUUCUUCAGUGUCUACAGCAUGUGUGUUGAUACCCUGUUUCUCUGCUUCUGUGAGUACCAACACCAUCUAACUCUCCAACAGCACAACACCACCUAA